AUGUUCGCUAAGGCCAUAGUCGCGUGCGCAUUGCUGGUGGUGGCACAUGGAGGUUUGAUAGCAGCUCCUCACGGUGCUGUCUCCUCCCAGAGCAUUGUUUUGGGACACCCAGCACCCGCUGUAGCAGCUGCCCCGGCGUAUGGUUAUGGUGGAUACGGCUACGGUGGAUACGGUGGAUAUGGUGGAUACGGUGGAAUCGGUCUAGGUCACAGCGCCGUGGUUGCGCACGCGCCGAUCGUACACGCCCCGGUGGCGCACGCCGUUGCCCCUGUUGAAGUAUAUUCCCACCCCCGGUACCAAUUCAAUUACGGCGUCGCCGACGGCCACACUGGUGACCAGAAGAGCCAAUGGGAAGCGCGCGAUGGAGACGUGGUCAAAGGCCAGUACCAAUUAGUGGAGCCUGAUGGCACCGUCCGUACUGUCAACUACUCGGCUGACGACCACAACGGAUUCAACGCGGUUGUAAGCAGACACGGCCACGCAGCCCACCCUGCGCCAGCCGUAGCCGUCGCGCACGCACCCGUCGCGUUAGCUGCGCCCGCGCAUGGCGCCCUCCUUCAUGGUCUUCACGGAUAA